UACUUCACCGGCUGCCAGGCCAGUCCUGGUCGCCCCCGCCUCAGACUCCUCUUUGCGCGCACGCUUAGGACCGGCGCCGGGAGCUGGACCCCAGCCGCCGCGACCCCUGGCUCCUGGCCCUGCGCCUGGAGGUCUGCUGAGAACUGACCCAGGUGAGGGGUGCAGACCUACUUCUCCUGGUGGUGGUUGUGUGGUGGUGGUGGCAGCAGGAGCCAGAACUAAGGGCAAGGGGGAGCCAGAAGCCCCAGGCCCCAACAUGGCACCAUUCCUGCGCAUUGCCUUCAACUCCUACGAGCUGGGCUCCCUGCAGGCCACGGAUGAGGCAAGCCAGCCCUUCUGUGCCGUGAAGAUGAAGGAGGCACUCAGCACAGAGCGCGGGAAGACACUGGUGCAGAAGAAGCCCACCAUGUACCCUGAGUGGAAGUCCACAUUCGACGCCCACAUAUACGAGGGCCGUGUCAUCCAGAUUGUGCUGAUGCGGGCAGCGGAGGAGCCAGUGUCUGAAGUGACGGUGGGCGUGUCAGUGCUGGCCGAGCGCUGCAAGAAGAACAACGGCAAGGCUGAGUUCUGGCUGGACCUGCAACCCCAGGCCAAGGUGUUGAUGUCCGUGCAGUACUUCCUGGAAGAUGGAGAUUGCAAGCAGUCUAUUCGGGGUGAAGAUGAGGCCAAGUUUCCAACAAUGAUCCGCCGUGGAGCCAUCAAACAAGCCAAAAUCCACUACAUCAAGAACCACGAGUUUAUCGCCACCUUCUUUAGGCAGCCCACCUUCUGUUCUGUGUGCAAAGAUUUUGUCUGGGGUCUCAACAAGCAAGGUUACAAAUGCAGGCAAUGCAACGCUGCCAUCCAUAAGAAAUGCAUCGACAAGAUCAUCGGCCGGUGCACCGGCACUGCGACCAACAGCCGGGACACCAUAUUCCAGAAAGAACGUUUCAACAUCGACAUGCCUCACCGGUUCAAGGUUUACAACUACAUGAGCCCUACCUUCUGUGACCACUGUGGCAGCCUGCUCUGGGGACUGGUGAAACAGGGAUUAAAGUGUGAAGACUGUGGCAUGAACGUGCAUCACAAGUGCCAGAAGAAGGUUGCUAACCUCUGCGGCAUCAACCAGAAGCUCUUGGCCGAGGCAUUGAACCAAGUCAGCCAGAGAUCCGUCCGGAAGUCAGAGACGGAACCUGCAGAGCCUUUUGGGAUCUACCAGAAUUUCGAAAAAAAGCCGGGAGUCUCUGGAGAUGAUGUCCCAGACAACGGUACCUAUGGCAAGAUCUGGGAGGGCAGCACCAGGUGCAACAUUGAGAACUUCAUCUUCCACAAGGUCCUGGGCAAAGGCAGCUUCGGGAAGGUGCUGCUUGCAGAGCUGAAGGGCAAAAAGGAGUUCUUCGCUGUCAAGGCCCUCAAGAAGGACGUAGUUCUGAUCGACGAUGAUGUGGAGUGCACCAUGGUGGAGAAGCGGGUGCUGGCGCUCGCCUGGGAGAAUCCCUUUCUCACCCACCUCUUCUGCACCUUCCAGACCAAGGAUCACCUGUUCUUCGUGAUGGAGUUCCUCAACGGGGGGGACCUGAUGUACCACAUCCAGGACAAAGGCCGCUUCGAGCUAUACCGUGCCAUGUUUUAUGCGGCUGAGAUAGUCUGUGGACUACAGUUUCUACACGACAAAGGGAUCAUUUACAGGUGCGGAGGUCUGUGCCAGGCAGAAAGCAAGUACUCAACAAAUAGCCACUGUUUUCACUCACGAGUCCCAGCAGCCCCCGUCCACAGCUUGUUGUUUCUGGGGCAGCUGGGAGCACAGCAGGCCAGAGAAGAUCCCAGCAGUCCCAGAGGCCCUGGGCUGCACCGCUGGGCUGGGCCAUGCCUGCCUGAGCACCCUGGAUCUGCUUGGGGGUUUGCUGAGGUUCCGAUUUCCUACAGCCCUCGGGUACUAACCGGGGCCCCUGCUGGGUUGCAGCUGCUUGAAAGGGACCCAGCCAAGAGGCUGGGAGUGACUGGCAACAUCAAAACCCACCCCUUCUUCAAGACCAUCAACUGGACUCUGCUGGAGAAACGUCUAGUGGAGCCGCCCUUCAAGCCCAAAGUGAAGUCCCCUGGAGACUACAGCAACUUUGACCAGGAAUUCCUCAAUGAGAAGGCGCGUCUCUCCUACAGUGACAAGAACCUCAUCGACUCCAUGGACCAAACAGCAUUCGCUGGCUUCUCCUUUGUGAAUCCCAAAUUCGAGAGGCUCCUAGAAAAGUGAGGUUCCCAAACACACCCCGCAACCCACCCCAGCCAAGGAACCUGGGUCAGCCAGCAUGGCCUCCCCACCCAGCCCAGGCAGAGCAGGUUUGCCCAGCCCCCUGCAUCGGCACUGGCCUGCCCCCCACGAUAAGCAACUGUGUGACUGUUGUGACUGCUGCUGCCAUCCCCACCCCCACCCCCAGGAGGGGCCUUGGCGCCUGUCUGGCUGGGCUCUUAAUGGUACUUCCUCUGUGAACUGAGUGUGAAUUUGCUUUUCCUCUGCCCUCAGAGGGAAACUGUAAAUCCUGUGUUUCAUUACUUGAAUGUAGUUAUCUAUUGAAAAAAUAUAUUAUAUAUAUGCAUAUAUAUAUAUGUAUACACAUACACACAUAUAAUAAGCUGUAUAUAUUGCUCAGAGAAAAAACAUGGGGACUGGUAAUGUGUUGAUCUUUUUUAAAAAAGUAUGUACGUAUAUAUGUAUAUAGGUAUAUACACAUAUAUAUGUGUAUAUAUAUAUACAUAUAUAUAAUAUCAAAAAAAAAGGAGCGCAAGCUAUUUGAACCCCUAGGUUCUUUUAUUUGUGUGUCUAAAUAAACACUGAAUGGUACUAA